AUGUCAAAAGUUUGGUCUUUACCAAAAAUCAACAAUAUUCUUGAGCUUCCCCAAUUUGCAGCCCGUAUUUUGCGUUUAUUUAUUUAUUCUGAGAGUUGCAAAGGAAAUCAAUUUCUAGCAUCAAAACAUCGUGAACGGGAGAGCAUAAGCCGAAGAAGAAAAGUGAAGGGAAUGAUAAAAUGUCAAGCACUUAACCCUUGUCAACGCUUAAGCAAACAAAAUCAAACUCAUUGCUUUUCUUUGAGACGAUUGAAUUUUGAGAAGAAAAGAGUUUCCCUUCGCUAUCAUUUUGAAUGUUUUUUUCUUCUUCUUAUUUUUUGGCGAAAAGCUUCGAAACAUGAUAAGGAAACUUAUGGAUUCGAGAAAGCGGAAGACUGCAAGCAAAGCAUCUGA